AUGGGAGAAUGGACCAUUCUCGAACGCCUCUUGGAGGCCGCUGUUCAGCAGCACUCUACGAUGAUAGGGAGGAUCUUGCUGACAGUCGUGGUCAUCUUCCGUAUCCUAAUCGUGGCCAUUGUUGGGGAGACCGUGUAUGAGGACGAGCAGACCAUGUUCAAAUGUAACACUCUUCAGCCAGGCUGCAACCAAGCCUGCUAUGACAAAGCCUUCCCAAUUUCCCACAUCCGCUACUGGGUUUUCCAAAUCAUACUGGUAUGCACACCUAGCUUGUGCUUUAUCACUUACUCUGUCCAUCAGUCGGCCAAGCAGAGAGACCGCCGAUACUCUUUUCUUUAUCCCAUAAUGGAGAGGGACUAUGGGGGAAGGGAUGGGACCCGAAAGCUGCGCAACAUUAAUGGAAUUCUAGUUCAACAUGGUGGGGAUGGAGGGGGAGGGAAGGAAGAACCUGACUGUUUGGAAGUGAAGGAGAUCCCCAAUGCUCCAAGGGGCCUCACUCAUGGGAAAAGCUCCAAGAUUCGCAGGCAAGAAGGAAUCUCCCGUUUUUAUAUCAUUCAGGUAGUGUUCCGUAAUGCACUUGAGAUUAGCUUCUUGGCAGGUCAGUACUUCCUUUACGGCUUCAGUGUGUCUGGGAUUUUUGAGUGCGACCGCUACCCAUGUGUCAAAGAAGUGGAGUGCUACGUGUCCCGGCCCACGGAAAAAACUGUUUUCCUGGUGUUCAUGUUUGCGGUGAGUGGCAUCUGUGUGGUUCUCAACCUGGCCGAGCUCAAUCACCUGGGCUGGCGCAAGAUCAAGGCUGCCAUCAGGGGGGUCCAGGCUCGCAGGAAGUCUAUCUGUGAGAUCAGGAAGAAGGACAUGGCACAUCUCUCCCAGCCGCCAAAUCUGGGGCGCACUCAAUCAAGCGAAUCCGCCUACGUUUGA